GUGGCCGUUGGACUGGCGGUGGCGCAGGGGGCGUUCACAUGAUCGAGUCCAAGUCCCGCCGUCCAGACGCACAUCCAGCCUCACACCAGCGCUCGGCGGCGCCAGCAGUUCAGCCCCGCAGGACAGCGCCCAAGAUCAUCGUGCACAGACAUGUCUCUAAGCGGGUUUCUGUUCGGGAAUGUCGACGAAAACGGCCGGAUCGACGACGAGCAGCUGGACGACGAGCUCAAGCGCACGCUCGCUGGCAAUGUGUUCUUGGGCGAGCAUCUCGAAGGAGCGCUGGAUCUCCUGGCCCAGGCCUCAACGGCAUCGUCCUCCGAGGGAGCCACUGUGUCGAUCGAAGAGCCUGCAGAUCUCCCCACGGUUCCGAAUAAAGAUGCGAUCGACUACAGCGAGAUCAACGAGAUGGCCGAGGUUGCGCCCGAAGCGCCCCCACUUCCGUCAAGCUUGAGCUCGCUACCGACACAGGCAGCAUUUGUGCGGCCAACGAUGACGGGCUCGUUUCUGACAUCGCGAGACUCGAUGUUCUCCCGCAAGAGCACGGAUGAUUACGACGAAGACGAUAACUAUGAGGUCGAGGACGGUACCGCCAUAUCCUUAGCACGUCCAGGCCAGCGGAAGGAUGGGUCGGGCUUGGCUGGCGACGGGAUCAGCCAGGACGACGGCGGACCACCCUUGCCGUGUGUGCCUGAAACCCCAGAGGAGCGGAUGGCCAAGCUCGCUCGAUACUUUCCUGGAUAUGUUUCCGGAGGGACCUUGCGCUUCUCCGAAUGGUUCGCUUCCAAGAUCCAGAGAGUUCCGCGAGUAGCUCGGGUCACAGUCAAAGAUACCAAAUCUGAGUUCUAUCUUUCGAGCUCCGACGAUCGCAUCGAGUUCUUGAAGAUGAACAUUGCACCCCCCGAGGAGGAAUGCAUCCGGUGGCCUCCUUGCGAGCCGGCAGAUCCUGUUCCGUCACACGAUGCAAAUCCCACCUUGCGUUCAGAGUCGAGUCCGACGAGCAAGCCCCUGGUCUACGAAACUUGGUCUCCAGAUAUGAUGCCGAUUGUCCUCGACAGCUGGGAAGACGAAAUCGUGUGGGACAUUCCGCCGGCGCUCCCAGAGCCAAGCAAGCCCGCCAAACCUCCAUUUUUGUACCGAAAUUCAAACUUGGAGAAUGAUCGCAGCGACUGGGCAGAUGAGAUUAUCUGGGACAUUGACGGCAGCGAAACGGUCCCUGGAUUGGCGGGCACGGCCGACGCUCGGCUGAUCGACGACCCCAUGGUCUUGACAAUGGAGCCCUUAGUCUCCCUGACGACCGCCACCUCCUGGUCAGCAUCGAGGCACCCCCAUUUUGGCAAGAGCGACCAGACAGCCCCCUCAUUCCAUCCAGAGUCGAUACCCACUGGUGAAAUUGCCCCAGCAAAUACUGGAACGAUCCGGCCCUCGAUCGACCGAUUCAACAUCUCGGAUGAUCACUACUAUGAAAUCGACAAAAGCUUGAAGGCAGGGCGCACACGCCAGACAUUCGGACCCGUCACCCUUCAGCAUUCACUGCCAGCGAUUCGCAUCCAGCCGCCGCACUUCAAGCCCUACCUCGCUGUGAAGGAUCUGCGAUCGUUCCAUCGUCCAUCUCUCCGCUUCCCUGUGAACGAAGACAUCCGUUUCUCACGAGUCAAAAGCUCCAAGAAGAAAAAAUUCAAGGGAAAAGACAUGAGCGAACUCUUGAAGAGCACCAAAGAUAUAACGCUCAAGGAUACCUCCAAGUUUAUCCUGUUCGAGUACUGCGAGGAAUAUCCGCCAAUUAUCAGCAACACGGGCAUGGCGACCUUGAUCUACGAUUACUACCGCAAGCUCGACGACAAGGACGCGUUUGUGCCUAAUCUGGAAGUGGGUGAACCAUACUGUCUCGAGCAGGUGGAUGCAUCGCCAUUUCAUGGAUUCGGCGACGUCGUCCCUGGCCAGAUUUUGCAGGCAAUCAGCAACAAUAUGGUCCGCGGGCCAUGCUUUAAGCAAGUCCUGGCCGAGACGGAUUAUUUGGUUAUCCGGCAGAGAUACAAGGGGCAGACCAAAUACUACAUCCGCGAUAUCCCCAUGAUCUUUACGAUCGGGCAGUUAUUCCCCCUGAUCGAUGUGCCACGGCCGCAGUCGCGCAAAAUUACGGCAACCAUCAAGGGACGCCUGCAAGUUGCUGCCUACCGCCUGAUGCGAAAAGAUCCGGCUCGACGGCUCAACUUUGAAAAGCUCAUGAAGGCGUUCCCGGGCCACUCGGAAGUGCAGAUACGACAGCGUCUCAAGGAGUUUGCACAGUUCCAGCGCAAGGGAGAGAACACGGGUUGGUGGAAACUGAAGGCCAUUCCAAAUGGGCCGCCCCCGGUUCUGCCGACAGAAGAAGAAAUGCGCAAGAUGCUCACCCCGGAAAUGGUGUGCCUAUACGAAAGCAUGCUGGCCGGCGAACAACGGCUCCGGGACGCUGGCUACGAUACGCAUGACAUCAUAACCACUUUCGCAGAGGAGGAGAAGGAGUAUAAUGAAGAGGAUAUCGAGAUUCGUUUGGCGCCGUGGACUAUUACCAGAAAUUUUGUGAUGGCUACACAGGGCAAGGGCAUGCUCAAGAUCUAUGGCCCGGGCGACCCAACUGGGCGUGAAGAGGGAUUCAGCUUUAUAAGAGCAUCGAUGAAGGAAAUGUUCUUUCGGUCAUCUGAUACGCCUGAGGAACGAGCCGCCAUCCUGGAGCUCUCCAAGGCCAAAAACUACCACAAGUUCUCGAUAUCGGAGCAACAAGAGGUCUACAAAGAAGAAAUCAAUCGUAUCUGGAAUGCCCAACUCAAGGCGUUGAGUUCAACACUCCCGAUAGAGGACGACGAUGAAGAGAUAUCGAAAAUGAAAGUGCAGCAGAAGCAACGUGAGAUGGACGAAGAGAAGGAACGCAAGCUCUACUUUGGCUCUGGCGCUGUUGCUGCGUCGCCGGCUCCGCACUCCCCGCCACCCCUGCUGCAUUACGGAACCGGAUAUGGAUACAACGAAGGCAAGGCCUAUUCGGUGGCAGAGAGCAUGACUUCAAAAACGAGUCGCCCUGUGACCAACAAGGACCACGCUCAAAACAAGCUCCUGAUCAUCAAGCGUCUAAUACGAGAAAAUGGCGAGCUCGUGUGGAAGUCCGAGGUGAUCAGCGACCCGGCGGUGAAGAAGGCAUAUUUGCGGCAGCGGGACCUUAUUGAAAGUCAAAUGGCGCAAGGCGGCGAUGCUGUCGCAAACAACAGGCCUGAAGAUGUGCGAAAGAAGCGAAAGCAACUAUUGCAAGAUCUUGUAAAGAAAAUGAAACAUGACCACGGCAAGGAGGUCAAGGAGGUCAAGGACGCCAAAGAAGCCAAGGGCAAGCGGAGACUCGCAACGGCGGAUGCGAACAAGGAAGCCGCGAACAGCGGCAAUCCGUCGCCUGCCACCUUGAAGGUCUCGGCCAGCUCGGGAGCCGGUAGUAAGAAGCGGAAGAAGGAGCCUCAGCUUGCAGAGCCGGCAGUCCCGCCACUGAUAUCGGCGCAAUCAAAGCCCCGACGGCGGGGGAGCCCAAUCGUCGAUCUGGCCGCCAUCAUGGAGGCAGCGAUUGCGGAGUUGAUCGGCAUCGAUACGUACUAUAUCUUUUGCGUCCCGGUGCCCGUCAGCGCGGCGCCAGACUACUAUGAUGUCAUUCGGAAUCCCAAGACGCUGGAGCAAAUUCGUGAAGACAUCCGUGCAUUUAGGUACAAGACAGUCAACGAAUGUAUCGAGCAGCUCAAGAUUGUGGUCGAAAAUUGUCGCAUGUACAACGGCCUUGGACAUCCAUACAGUCUCGUGGCCGAGGAAAUGUUUGCACGAGCCAUCUAUGCAUUCAGCCAGAAAUCCGAAGAAAUUUCAAAGCUCGAAGCUGAGAUUGUCGAGUUCGAGAGCAAAUCCGUUGCGGCUGAGCUAACCGAGAGCUUGUCGAAGCCUCUCGGACAUGCAGCAGAAGAAAUAUGCAGCUCUUCCGAGAGAAAGCAUGACGCCCCGGAUUCGACAAGCCAAUCAUUAUCCUGAUUACUGAUGCUCAUGCAUGGAAGCGAGUCGAUGAGCCACCGUCGUCUGUUCGCGGCAAGCUCCUCUUGGAAAGGAUCAUCCUGAAUACAUGGGGCUGGUCUCAAUGAACGAUGAUUGGGCGGUGUUCUGGGUCGUGCUGAUGGCGCUUUCUUUCCAAAGGCUUUUCGCACCCGUGGUGAUCUCGAGGUGUGUGAAUGGAUGGAUGGAUGAAGAUAGCCCUUGGUGCUUAUGAAUGGGAACGUGGACUUGACGAUCGCUGGCGCUCAAAACAAGACGGUUCCGCUUCGCUUCGUGGCUGCUGGGCAUUGAUCAUUUCUAACUCCUCAC